GUGUCAGCACAUGCAUUCCACUUUUCCACUACAUAUUUUCCUUAUCAACCCCAAAAUUUUGCCUCUCUUACAAGAAAAGAACAGCCUCCCCCCACUUUAAAACAAAAAUGAUUUUUUUUUUCCAAUUUAUGUGCUACUAUUUUCUGUAUAUCUCAAAAGAAUGUCAUACUUCUUAAUUUGAAAUAAUUUUAUUGUCAUUUUUCAGUAAGAUGAUUUAUAACUGCGUAUAUGCUUAAUUUACACCAAAAUACUUUUUGAAAGUAUCUGCUAUUUUUAAAUAUAAAUUUUAUGUAUAGUCAAACACCGUCACAUAAAUUCACAACAAGUGUGGAUACGUAUAAGAAAACACUCCACCCCCUUAUAUUAGUUCCACUAUGUUCUUAUCUCUCUCUAUACAAUCCUAAAAUAGAUUUCUUCUCUAGUAUAACUUCCGAAAAGCUUCUUAUUAGGGUUUUCUUGAGUUCUUGGGUCUCUUUUUCAAUUCCACUCUAACACCACAAAUUUUCUCUAGCUAGCUUCUUUCUAACUUAGUACACAUGAAACCAAGAUUAUUUUCACUUCCUUAAUCCAACAAAUUUCCUAGCUGCUUUCUUUUAUCCUUCUUUCAAACUGAAUAAUUCAUCAUACAAAAAUAUGAGAACAGGAGGCUGCACAAUACAACAAGCUCUAACAACAGAAGCAGCAAGUGUUGUUAAACAAGCUGUUACACUAGCGAAACGUCGCGGCCAUGCCCAAGUAACACCUCUUCAUGUAGCAAACACCAUGCUCUCAGCUUCUUCAAAUGGUAUAUUCAAAACAGCUUGCCUUCAAUCUCAUUCUCAUCCUCUCCAAUGCAAAGCCCUAGAGCUUUGCUUCAACGUCGCGCUCAAUCGCCUUCCUGCUUCCUCUUCUAGUCCCAUGUUGUUGGGACAUCAACAUCAAAGUCAUCAUUCUCAGUAUCCUUCUAUCUCUAACGCGCUUGUUGCUGCCUUCAAGCGAGCCCAAGCCCAUCAAAGGCGGGGCUCGCUUGAGAAUCAGCAACAACCUCUUUUAGCUGUGAAAAUAGAACUUGAACAACUUAUCAUUUCUAUCUUAGAUGAUCCUAGUGUUAGUAGAGUCAUGAGGGAAGCUGGUUUUGAUAGUACUCAAGUUAAAAGUAAUGUUGAACAAGUUGUUCCGUUAGAACUUUGCUCUCAAAAUUCUAAAGAUAUUGACCAUAACAAAGGGCCCCACAAAAAAGUUAGUCCUGUUUGUGUUAAAAAUGAGGAUGUUAUGAGUGUAGUGGAAAGUUUAAUGAACAAAAAUAGGAAAAAUGUUGUUUUGGUUAGUGAAAGUAUUGAUAAUUUAGAAGGUGUGAUUAAAGGGGUGAUGAAUAAAGUUGAGAAUAAAGAUGUGCCUGAUGAUUUGAAGGAAAUUAAGUUCAUAAGUUUACCACUUUUGAGUUUUGGUAAUAUUCAAAGAGAAGAAGUUGACCAAAGAAUAGGAGAGUUAACUUGUCUUGUUAAGAGUUUAGUGAAAAAAGGAGUUGUUUUAUACUUAGGUGAUCUUAAAUGGGUUGCUGAUUAUAGAGUUAAUUAUGGUGAAAGGAGAAUUAUUAGCUAUUAUUGUUCUGUGGAGCAUAUGAUUGUGGAAAUUGGGAGAUUGGUAUGUAGUUUUUGUGAAAAUGAGAAAUUUUGGCUUGUGGGAAUUGCAACUUUUCAGAGUUAUAUGAGAUGCAAAAGUGGUAACAAUUCAUUGGAAUCUAUUUGGGGUUUGCAUCCUGUUACUGUACCUGGUGGAAGUUUGGGCCUCAGUCUCAACCAUGACAGUGAUACACAAAUUGAACUUGGAAGUAAGACAUUUGAAGGUGAAUUCUCAUGUGGAGAGGAGAAGCUGCAAUUGUCAAAUCUACCUUCAUGGCUUAAAGAUGAGAGAUCAAAAAAACACUAUACUGAUAAUAAUCAUCAUCAUGAUCAGAACUGUGUACCAGUCAAAGAUUUGCACAACAAGUGGAACACAACAUGCCAUUUGCCAUUUUGGGCCAAUAGAAAAACAUGUGAGACAAAUUCUAGCACACCAAAUUCUGCUUCUAAUUCAAGUGAUUUGAUCAUGGAGAUGGAGUAUCAUGUUCCAAAGUUUAAAGAAUUCAAUUCUGAAAACUUGAACAUUUUGUCCAAUGCAUUGGAAGAAACUGUCCCAUGGCAAAAGGGAAUUGUUAUUCAAGAAAUUGUUGCAACAAUAUUGCAAUGUAGGUCAAGAAUGAUGAGAAGAAAAGAAAAAUCACCAAUCAAUGAAGCAAAACAAGAAACUUGGUUAUUUUUCCAAGGUCCUGAUGUUCAUGCCAAGGAGAAAAUUGCUAGAGAAUUAGCCAAUGUUGUGUUUGGAUCAUACUCGAAUUUCGUGUCGAUUGGUUUGAACAAUUUUGUUUCUAAUUUUAGGAACAAAAGGUCAAGAGAUGAACAAAGUUGGAGCUACAUUGACAAAUUUGCUCAAGCAGUUUCUUGUAAUUCACAUUGUGUGUUCUACUUAGAGGAUUUGGAGGAAAUUGAUUAUUGUUCACUAAGGGGAAUCAAGAAGGCAAUUGAAAGAGGAACAAUUACUAAUUCUACAAGUGGUGAUCAAGAAGUGAGUCUUGAUGAUGCUAUUAUUAUAUUGAGUUGUGAGAAUUUUGGUUCUAAAUCAUCAAGAGCUUGUUCACCUAAUUUGAAGCAAAAAAUUGAAGAAACAACUACAAGUCCUAAAUGUGUUUCUUUGGAUUUGAAUCUUUCUAUUGAUGAUCAAUAUGGAAGUGGUGAUCAAGAUUUGUCAAUUGAUGAUGAUGUUGGGCUUCUUCAAAGUGUUGACAAAUGUAUUUUUUUCCAAAAUUCAAGAACUAUAGUAGAGUAGGAUUUAUGUAUUAUGUUAAUGAGGUGAUUUACUUAAUUUCUUCACUUUUUUUUUUGUCUACGUUCAAAUAGUAGGUCAAAGAAUUCUGACCCUUUGUUUUUUUUUCCCUGUACUAAAGUUUUGUAAAUAGAACUUCCAAUUAUACAA